AUGUCGCAAAACGAGAGCCCCGACGCCAGCCGGCGUCCGAAAAAGCUGAUAUUUGCACCUGGCGAUAUCGCACCCACCCCAGAGCUCCAAGCUACAGACCCCUCGAUAUCCUCCCAAGCCCAGGCAACUGCGCCCAGCCGCCUCCAUGCAGCCGAAGCCCUGCGUUCCGAUACCUCCACGCCCAACUCCACGACCGAAAACCAGAUUCUGUCCCACCCCGCCCGCGCCCACCAAUUCUUCCACUCCUGGUUCCGCGACCCUCGCCUCCCACCCAGCGCGGCUCCCGAAACCUGCACCCUCGCCACCGCCGAACUGCCCUCGGGCCGUGUCAGCGCCCGCAUCCUCUAUCUGAAGGAACUCGACGAGCGCGGCUGGGUCGUCUACAGCAACUGGGGCAGUCGCGAGGGGAAGGGCGGCCAGGUCUUCGGCCGCGAAGGGGCGGGCAGCGAGGGCCCGGCGUCAAUCCCGACCCUAGAGGCCCCGGGGCCCGGAAACAAAUGGGGCGCGCUGACGUUUAGCUGGGCGUCCGUGGAGCGCCAGGUUCGGGUGGAAGGGAUGCUGGAGCCGCUCAGUCCGGCGGAGAGCGAAUUGUACUGGCGGACGCGCGAGCGGGGCAGUCAGAUCGGGGCGUGGGCGAGCUGGCAGAGCAAGGUGCUGUGGUCUGCGGAGCCGGAGCAGCUGGCGGAGCGUCAGCGGAGGAAGAGCGCGGCGCAACUGCAGGAUGCGAAUGGGGCGGAGGUCCCCGCUGAUAUCGAUGAGACGGACGAUGAGGAUGGGAGAGGGUUGCUGGAGAGUCAGGUGAGGGAGAUGGAGGCGAGGUUUGCUGGGGUCGAGCAGAUUCCUCUGCCGCCUUUCUGGGGAGGCGUGCGUUUGGUGCCGGAGUCUGUUGAGUUCUGGCAGGGUCGUCGGAGUCGCUUGCAUGAUCGGUUCAGGACGACGGACAACAACACUUCUGCUUUUGCACAGUCAUUGGCUCAUCUCUUUGGCCUGGAUUCCUCGCCCUUCCUCGAACUGCUUGUGCGCGGUGCUUGUCUUGGUCUGAAUGUCGUUUGCAACAUCAUCAUGUGGGCCCUUUUUACGAGAGCACUAACGGCGGGGCCGUCGACCACAAAGGUAUCAAUUACGAAUACGGCCGCGAACUUCUUAGCCACCGCACUAUUUGGAAUGAUCAUUUUUAAGGAGGCCGUCGGAGGACUCUGGUGGGUUGGUGCCGCCAUGAUGGGUGCUGGCUGUAUUCUUGUCGGAAUGCGAGAGGGUGCGUGA